AUGCUCGUCGCCCGUGACCCUCAGCUUGAUGAAGUUCAGCAGGGGCUUGUUCGAGGGGCAUUGUCGGAGGCGAUGUGGGAGGUGCUCCACCUGCCGCUACAACCAGAAGAUGUUGAGCUUGAUGAUGGUCCUGGCGCCUUGGCUUUCCGCAGGGUAGCCACGACGGGUGAAGAGUCGCCGCUGGAUCUUGUCCCUGCGAUCGCGUCUUUGCUCCAGUGGGUUGGGAGGCGGUAUGCACCCAACUUUAUGGUUCCAGCCUUUCUUUCUUGUCACUCCGAAGGCGGCGGGCGCGGGCGACGGGCGGCGGUGUGCGAGGGCGCGGGCGCGGGCGACGGGCGGCGGGCGGUGGAGGGCGCGGGCGCGGGCGACGGGCGGCGGGCGGCGGCGGGCGCGGGCGCGGGCGACGGGCGGCGGGCGGCGGCGGGCGCGGGCGCGGGCGACGGGCGGCGGGCGGCGGCGGGCGCGGGCGCGGGCGACGGGCGGCGGGCGGCGGCGGGCGCGGGCGAGGGCGACGGGCGGCGGGCGGCGGCGGGCGCGGGCGCGGGCGCGGGCGGCGGGCGGCGGCGGGCGCGGGCGCGGGCGGCGGGCGGCGGCGGGCGCGGGCGCGGGCGGCGAGCGGCGGGCGGCGGCGGGCGCGGGCGCGGGCGGCGGGCGGCGGCGGGCGCGGGCGCGGGCGGAGGGCGGCGGCGGGCGCGGGCGCCGGGCGGCGGCGGGCGCGGGCGCGGUCGACGGGCGGCGGCGGGCGCGGGCGCGGGCGACGGGCGACGGGCGGCAGCGGGCGCGGGAGCGGGCGCGGGCCACGGGCGGCGGCGGGCGCGGGCGCGGGCGACGGGCGGCGGCGGGCGCAGGCACGGGCGACUGACGACGGGCGGCGGCGGGCGCGGGCGACGGGCGGCGGCGGGUGCGGGCGUGGGCGCGGGCGACGGGCGGCGGCGGGCGCGGGCGACGGGCGGCGGCGGGCGCGGGCGCCGGGCGGCGGCGGGCGCGGGCGCGGGCGACGGGCGGCGGCGGGCGGCGGGCGCGGGCGGCGGGCGACGGGCGGCGGCGGGUGCGGGCGACGGGUGGAUGGGGGCGGCGGGCGCGGGCGACGGGCGACGGGUGGCGGCGGGCGGCGGCGGGCGCGGGCGACGGGCGGAUGGGGGCGGCGGGCGCGGGCGACGGGCGACGGGCGGCGGCGGGCGCGGGCGCGGGCGUGGGCGACGGGCGGUGGCGGGCGCGGGCGCCGGGCGACGGGCGGCGGCGGGCGCGGGCGCGGGCGACGGGCGGCGGCGGGCGCGGGCGACGGGCGGCGGCGGGCGACGGCGGGCGGCGGUGGGUGGCGGCGGGCGCGGGCGGCGUGCGACGGGCGGCGGCGGGGGCGGGCGCGGGCGACGGGCGGAUGGGGGCGGCGGGCGCGGGCGACGGGCGGAUGGGGGCGGCGGGCGCGGGCGCGACCAGAUGGGGGGGGGCGGACGCGACUCGGGUGAUCUUCGGUUCACUUAG